CCAAGAGAUCACCCCCACCACCAACACACCCCCGAGAUCAGUCUUCGAUCAGCUUGCAACGAGAAGACGACAAAUUGACAAAUGGCAUCUGUCGUCCAGCCUCAAGGUCCUGGUCCUGCCACCGCUGUUCCUCCUCCCAUGCCGAACGGUGCCGCCGUUGGUCCCGUCCCGCCUCAAGGCCCUGCGCAACCUCAGGCCAAUGCCGGUUCUCAACAGAACUUGACGCCCUUGCAAAAGCUCGCGAGCGUGAAUGAACAGGUUUGGUUGCAGAUCGGUAAUGUCGCCGAGUUGAUGAAUGAUCUCGAUCGCGCUUUGACGAGUUAUGAGUCUGCGCUCCGUCAAAACCCGUACUCGAUCCCAGCUAUGAACCACAUCGCUACUAUCCUCCGCGAAAAACAGCAGUACCCUCGCGCCGUCGAGUACUUCCAGUCUAUCUUGAACCUCGAUCAGUCGAACGGUGACGCCUGGGGUUCCCUCGGCCACUGCUACCUCAUGAUGGACGACCUUCAGAAGGCUUACAGCGCCUACCAGCAAGCGCUCUACCACCUUCAGAACCCGAAAGAACCCAAGCUGUGGUAUGGAAUCGGAAUACUGUAUGACAGAUACGGAUCUUUCGAGCACGCAGAGGAGGCGUUCAGUCAGGUCAUGAGGAUGGAUCCUAACUUUGACAAGGCAAACGAGAUCUACUUCCGUCUUGGUAUCAUCUAUAAGCAGCAACAGCGCUACCCUCAAUCUUUGGAGUGCUUCCGCUACAUCUUGAAGAAUCCUCCUCGCCCUCUCACCGAGAUCGACAUCUGGUUCCAGAUCGGACACGUCUAUGAGCAACAGAAGGAGUACACCUCCGCCAAGGAGGCGUAUGAGCGCGUCUUGGCCGAGAAUCCCAAUCACUCCAAGGUCCUGCAACAGUUGGGUUGGUUGUACCACCAGCAAUCCUCGUCCUUCUCGAACCAGGAUUUGGCUAUCCAGUACCUCACCAAAUCCCUCGAAUGUGACGGACAGGAUGCGCAGAGCUGGUAUUUGCUCGGAAGGUGUUACAUGCAGCAGCGCAAUUACUCCAAGGCCUACGAAGCCUACCAGCAAGCUGUCUACCGCGACGGUCGCAAUCCGACCUUCUGGUGCAGCAUCGGUGUCCUCUACUACCAAAUCAACCAAUACCGCGACGCCCUCGACGCCUACUCCCGCGCCAUUCGUCUCAACCCCUAUAUCUCCGAAGUCUGGUACGACCUUGGUACCCUCUACGAAAGCUGCAACAACCAGAUUUCUGACGCGCUCGACGCGUAUACCCGCGCUUCUGAACUUGACCCGACGAACCCUCAUAUCAAGACUCGUCUUCAGUUGUUGAGGAGUGGUCAGGCGUCGCAGGGACCUAGGCCUGCGCCGGGUGGUGCGGGUGCGCCGCCUCUUACGCAGGACAUCAACCCUACGGCGUAUGCGGGUCCUGCUCCAUCUGGUGCGGCGCCCAGUGAGUGGGGUACUGCGGCUGCGGCGAAUCGUGUUGCGCCCCCUGGUCCUCCGAGCGAGUUGGCACGUGUUGGACUCCCUCCCGCACUCAACGGCUCCGGACCUUCUGGACCUCAGGGUAGACCUAGGAGUCCCCCGCCUCCACCGCCCUUUGGAGCUGGUGGUGCGGGAAGGGGAUACGACCAGCGUGGUGUCAAUCAGAGCCCGUAUGGACCUGCUGGUGGACCCGGAUUGCCGCCUCCGCCUGCGGUCGCCGGUGGACCUCCUGGUCCUGGAACUCCUGGUUCGAUGGGUGGUGAGAGGUUGCCGCCUGUUGCGCCUGGUGCUGGUAUGGGUACGCCUAUGCAGGCAAGUCUUGGACAGCUUGCGCCGAUUAUGGAUCGGGAAAGGAUGGAUGAGGAUGUGCCGCGUGGAGCGAGUCCGCAGCCGCCGUUCCUGAGACACGAUCGUGAAGGGCCAAGUGGGUAUCACGGCGGGCAGCUGCCUCCCGUCAGUACCCCUGGUUCUCAUGGUGCUUCAGGUCUUGGACUUGGAGGUCCUCCGCCGCAGACGCAGUUGCAGCAGAGUGGACUUAGUUCGUUGAUUUCGAACCCGUUGCCGAUGAGGGGAGAGAGCUCUGUUCGUGACGAAGCUAGGACGGGCGAGAAGAGGAGUAUUAGGGAGUGGGAUUCGCCUGCUGCGCCUCGUGAGCAGAGAGGUGAUGACCAUGGUGACCGUGGUGACCGUGGUGAUAGGAGACAGAGUGGAGAUCAGAGACCGUUGGCUGCGAUUGUUAUGCCUGAUGUUCCGGAGAGGAGGGAGGAUAACAGGGACAGCAGGGACAACAACCAGCAGAGGGAUCGGGAUGAGAGGAUGGAGGACGCUGUGCCUGUGCGUCCGGAUGUGGUGAAGCCUAAGGAGGAACAGGAACAGCGACAGGAGCCGGAGGGUGAUGUGCAGAUGGAGAAUGCGCCGCCUGUGAAGAUUGCGGAGAGUGUUCAGGAGGAGGCGAAGGAUGUGCAGCAGGCUACUACUGCGCCGAUCUCUCCGCCUGCCCCCGAGGUUCCUCAACAAUCUGCAUCUGCAUCUGAAGCUGCCCCGGCUGCUCCCGCUCCUGCUACCGCACCGACUUCUGCACCAGUCGAGGAGAAGGAGGAAAAGCCUGAACCAGCUGCUGAGGAAGAGGAACCUGUUCCCGCUGCACGAAAAGUCGAGGUUGACGAAGAUUACGACGAGGAGUAAGGUAUGUGAAUGUGGGAGAAUGACACGGAGUAGGGGAGUAAAAAGGAUAUAUCUGCGUUUUUGGAUUUGAAUUGGGUAUAACCG